AUGUAUCUCACAAAAGCACUCACCCUCGCCCUCCUCAACACCCUAGUCUCCGCUCAGACAGUAAUAACAAUCACUGAAGCGCCCCCGGGUCCAACGGCAGAGCCACAGUGGACAUCAGACAACACCUUCACUUCGGCCGUCCUCAAUAACACAAACUUCUAUCGCGGCGAGCACAAUGCAUCAUCCGUGACUUGGAACGAAACGCUUGCCGACUUCGCGACAGACUACCUCGACGACAUGUCGGGCGACAGCUGCGACUUUGAGCACUCGGGCGGUCCAUAUGGCGAGAACCUGGCCAAGGGAUACCCCAACACGACCGCGAGCGUCGAAGCGUGGGGCGAGGAGCGCGAUGACUACAACUUCAAAAAGGGCGAAUUCGACGAGGACACUGGACACUUCACGCAACUGGUGUGGAAAGACACGACGGAUGUCGGGUGCGGUCGCAAGCUGUGCGGUGACGGGCAGUGGUACCUCGUCUGCGAGUACUGGCCGAGGGGCAACGUCGUGGGCCAGUUUACAGAGGAAGUGCAAAGUCAAGAGUCGCUGGGUGUGCUGCGUAUGAGCCCCAGUAUCGUUCCGUGCCUGUUGGCUGUUGCUGGGAGUGUGACUGCAUGGAUCUUGUCUUGA